AUGGCAUCACUCAAGGUCUGGACCGUCAUCAGCCGAAACUAUCGAGUCUUCGACCAGUCAGGCAGACUUCCAUUUACUAUCAUCUUCGGUAUUUGCCGCCGCGACGAUACGGACCCUCGACCACUACGUAUCCAUACAAAAGGAACUAUCUUCGAUGUCCCAUACGCGCUGUCCAACGACCUUCUGCAAUUGCGAGAGUAUAACCCAAGAACGAAGCAAUACGUACGACUCGAUGUCGGGGAACUCGAUAAUAUCGACAGUCCAGAUCAAUAUUUCACUCUACUCUCCCCAGUUGGGAGAGCAGGGAAUUGGAGAAACUGGAUAACAGAAUAUCACUACCGUGUUGAGCCCAACAGUGAACUUGCUUCAUUCUUCAAAGCAGGAAAAGAAUAUGCAGUUCAAAAUGUAUCCGGCUGGCAGCUUGGACCGAGCGCAUACGAUUUCGUCGACAAAAAAGAGCCGCGACAAACAGAUCGAUGUCAGUUGAUUAGCCGUAGAGUCGAUGGCCAGGCAAUCUUUGAAGUCAUGGAGUCUCUUCUGUGGCCACCAGAGUUACAAACCAAGAUGCAGCUGAAGACAAGCGACAAUGCUACCUGGCUUGCCAUUUCUGUUACCAACAUGGGAUCUGAGCCUGUUAGCGUCCAGACACGCGGUCGUCAGAGUUUCCUCGUCCAACACGGCGCUUACGAUGUUACGCCCGAUGAUAACCGUCCUAGGAUCCUCGAUGAGAAUCCGGCGCCCGAAGAAACGAUCCAGAUACUCGACCUUUCUACAAACGGGAUUGUGCAGGGACCGCGGAGCCCAGGUCUUUGCGGUGGAAGACUACCGCAACAUGACUCAAGACCAGAAUUGGAUGUCCUAACGACCUUGAGACCCGGUGUGCCGCUUGUGAGGGAUGUUGAUGUAAGCAAUUUCCUUUCUGAGCUUCCAGAUGGACGUUAUGGUUUAAAAAUGGAGCCUAGGGGUAUGUGGUGGUGCCUUGGCGACUGUGAAGAGUUCAGGAAGAUAUGUGAGGAUGGUCGUGUGCCUCGGGACAGCUUCCAGAUGAUGAUUCCACCUUUAAUGCUAGAGUGUGACGAUCUUGUGGAGGUUCGGGUUGAGAAUGGAGUUGCCAUGAUGCAAAGCGCUGUAUGA